AUGAUGCACGGAACGGACGGGGAAGCGGUGACACCAGUAGCGGCCGAUAAACUUGUCACGGUGUCACCGCUGUCGCUGCACGUUGUUGCACCAUUGGCGCACACUCAGGUACGCUCGUCCGACGCCCAGGCAAUUCCACCGGCAGUUGACAUUGGCGACCUCAUUGCGUACGAGUGGUUUGACGACACCACAUCGAAAUGGCGGUGCGAGUUGGCGACAGUGCUUGACAAGCCCGAGACGGACAAACUGCUGGUGGAGCAGCUGGUGCAGAAGGCCCAGAAAAAAGUCAGCGGUGUAGUGGCCACCACGGAGGAGGGCUGGGCCAUCCUCGAGCAACUGAGCGACCUUCAAGAGGAGCUGUCGCAGCAUGUCGCGGUUGCCGAUAAACGCUCGUGCGACUUUUGGGAAAAGCGGCGUGCCGUUGAGCGUGAGCAGCAGGAGCUCGAGGCAGCUCUGGAGCUUGCACGGGAACAGAUUGGGGAUGUUCGUACGGCGGUAGAGAAGAUAGACAUUCAUCACUGGUGCGAGUUGGUGUCGUACCGAUCCCCACCUGAAAUUGUCGUGCGGGUAAUGGCCGCCGUGAUGCUGGUCCUGGGCGAGCGGCGGCGCACCUGGGCAGAGAUCACGCCCAUCCUGCACCGCCCAGGACUGGUGCAGCUGCUGGUGAGCUUUGACUCCACUGAGUUGACCAGAGCGCAGCGCGAGGAGGUAUUGACGCGGUACAUCAACGCCCCAAAGUUCACCUACGAGGAGGCUAUCAAAGGCAGCAGCGCCCUCUCAGAACUGUACAGGUGGGUCGUGGCACACGUGCUAAUGAUUAACGCCAGCGAGCACAAAACGCACAUGAGUCAACUGCACGCCUGUCGCAGUUCUGAGCUUGACGGAAUGGAGCUGCUGAUGCGGGAGGACUCGGAAAAAAUAGCGGAGGUGAGUGGCAAAGUUGAAGCGCUGUGGCAACAAUUUAGGGAGGUGGAGGAGUUCGGUCACUCCGGCCACUCUGCCUCCAGAAGCCUCACCAACGGCGAUAGCCACAGCGCCAGUCCACACCGCUCACUCACCGAAACGCCUACAACCGUCUGCAUAGAAGAAACUCCGCACGCAAUGAGUCUAUCAUGGCACUACACGUCGACGCCCCAGCGACGCAUCAUUUCCAUCUACAGCGUGCUAUGCAGGCUGGGGCCCGCGCCACACAGGGGCAACAUCAUUACACUGCAGCACCACCAGUGCAAGGAACUUCUAGCCUCCGUACAGGAAAGACACCACAGCUCUCACUACGUCCUUCAACCGGAAAGGGAGGCAUGCAGCCAAAGCGACAUAAACAACAAUGAAGCACCUCAGACGACGCCACCUGAAGAGCUGUCAAUGCCGUCCAAGAAACUAGCAGCAGCUAUAGCCAAAAUGGAACACCACCUCCAAAAAACUACAGCAAACAAGGCGGCACUUCAACGCGAACUGCAACAAAAUAUAACCAAAAACAAAAAGGAACAAACACCAUUCAACAAACAUGACCAUAACCAUGAAACAAUGAAGAGAACGCCACAAAAGCCUUUUCAAAAAAUAAACGAACUACAACGCAAGUUGAAAUUCCACGACACACCCGUAUCUCAUCAAGAGCCCAGCCCACAAGAAAAAAGAAAAGAAAAAGCGGGGCUUGAAAGCCGGCUGCAGGAGCGCGAUGAUGCCUUGGCCGAGCUGCAGCGGCAGCUGGAGAAGAAUGCCAUGGACAAGGCGGGCUUGAAGGCCAGCUGCAGGAGCGCGACGAUGCCUUCGCCGAGCUGCAGCGGCAGCUGGAGAAGAAUGCCAUGGACAAGGCGGCGUUUGAAGGCCGGCUGCAGGAGCGCGAUGAUGCCUUGGCCGAGCUGCAGCAGCAGCUGGAGAAGAAUGCCAUGGACAA